GCGUUGUUCGGUGGUAAACCUAGAGUAGAGUGCGAUUUCUGUUAACUUGACAAACUGGAAGGUUUAAAGGGAUUGCUUAGGAAAAAUCAAAAAGGUAAGACGUACAGAACAUUGUGUAUAAGAUUUAUUAAUGACUGAAAGCAAAUGAGGAUAUCUUGGAUAUCUCUGCGACUGCGAUUUACUUUAUCUUUUUUUUUCUGUGUUGCCCGCUGUUGUUGUUGUGUACUCAGGUGAAUAUGAUGUUUGUGAUGUUACUCUGAGUGUAUAUAUCCACACCGGGCAAGCUUGAAAAAUAUGCUUGCCCGGUGUGGAUAUACACUCAGAGUAACAUCACAAACAUCAUUGCUUUAUCUUGCUACUUACUUACGAGGGAUCAUAGUUAACUUAUAUUCAUUGCCAUAAAGUGUCAAUAUCUGUCACUUGAAACGAAUCACGUCGUUUGAAUGCUCAGUCCGCCAUGAGUUAAUUGAUCGAGUUUAUAUGCGCUACAUUGUUACGUAUACAAUGAAUGUUUGCAAUCAUUCACAUGCUUGCUUAUUUUAUCAUUUAGGAUAAAACGAAAAGCACGCCGUUUUGAAAGCUGAAUAAGAUUGCCGCACACACCGCCAAUUUAUUUUAUACGCGGUGUCACUCACUGACCACACGAUAGUGCGAAAUAUGAAACGUAAACAGAAGUUGCCAAGGUAUGUAACAAAUCCAACUUAUUAACUACACGAAUGUCCUGCUUUAAUUUAAUAUACGAAUAUCCUAGACAUACAGGGUGUCCCAAAAGGCAAAACCAUUGAAAUAGCGUAUUGUUAAAAUUUGAAUGCCCUAGGCCUAGCUGGCACUAAGUUGAACGCAAAAUUGCGUAAAAUAUUGACAAGGGUGCAUAUAUUAAAUAUUAACUUAUUAAGAAAUAAAAAUAUCUUUGUAUUAGCCCACGAUUUUCUGCUCUUGGGAAUUUAAAGCAGCUUCUUAAAGAGUUUCUUUAUGCAUAAAAUUUACUUACGUCAAGCUUUUAUGCAGUUGUGGGUUCAGCAGAGUGCUCAGGCAUUCAAAUUCUAACAAUACGUUAUUUCAAUAGUUUUGGGCUUUGGGGACAAGAACCGAUGGCCGCGUUUAUUGAAUAUUGUGCAUUUAUUUAAUACUAAUUAGUGGCCAACUUGGCCGUUUUUAUACUAGAGACGCAUUAUGCGUCUGGACGCAUAAUCCGUCUUCUAUAUUAUUCGUCUAGUAUAAAGCCGGUUUUCCACUAAGCGGAAUUUUGUGCGCGGAGCGGAAUUUUUCUUUGUCUUGUGAUUUCUCGGGUGGAACUAAUUAGAAAAGACUUAAGGCUGGUUUCCAGUCAGUGGAAUUUUGCGCGCGGGGCCAGCGGGCGGAAUUUUUCAGGCGGAUUUUGCUGCGGGCGGAUUGAUGGCAAUACACAGUCCGCGCAUUUUGCAAUUUAUUUUCCGCAAAAUGGCGGCUACUAGCAAUGGCAAGCAGCUUAGACGAAUAAUUCUUCUUUACUUGUUGAGAAGACGUAUCCAGAGAAGAAAGUAUUUCAAGAGCAAGUGGGUUAGAAAGUUAUUUGUUGAACGAAAAAUAAAAGGCGAAUUUUGGUUACUAAUUAAAGACAUGGAACUUUACGACCAUGAAUACUUUUUCAAGUCGUUCAGAAUGAGUCCUACUUCUUUGGAGCAACUUCUUUCAUGGAUAGGCCCUCGUAUUUUCAAGUCGUCGCAAAGACGAGAAGCAAUUAGUCCAAAGGAAAGGCUAUGUGUUACCUUACGUUAUCUUGUCACGGGUGAUGCACAAGUAACUAUCGCUGCAUCUACAGAAUAGGUCCAGCAACUAUAAGUAAAAUAAUAAAGGAGACGACAAAAGCCAUUUUGGACGUUCUCGAUGAAAAGGGAUUUUUGCGUGUUCCUAGAACUGCAAUAGAGUGGAAGGCCAUUUCGAAGUACUUUAAAGAAAAGUGGAACUUCCCUAAUUGUAUUGGAGCUAUAGAUGGCAAGCAUGUUGUUGUCCAAGCACCGCCCAGGUCUGGGUCUGAUCUUUUCAAUUACAAGAAGACAUUCAGUAUUGUUUUAAUGGCAGUUUGUGAUGCCGAUUAUCAGUUUACCCUUGUGGACGUGGGAGACGCAGCAGACAAAGUGACGGGGGUGUUUAUAGCAACAGCAAGCUGGGUUUUGCAAUUGACAAUCAAUUACUUGGUUUUCCCUCAAGUGAAAAGCUGCCCUCCUCUGAAAUUAAAGUUCCUUCUGUCUUUGUGGCUGAUGAUGCAUUUCCACUAAAGAGCAACAUCAUGAAACCUAUCCGGGCAAGCAGGGUGAUUUACCAAGAGCAUCUUUAAUUAUCGGUUAUCAAGAGCUCGUCGAAUUAUCGACUCACUUAAACCUGGUAACUGGCGAAGGGAUACCCAAUCGACUGCUGGACUAAUUCCAUUUGGUCAGACUGGGUCCAACAACUACUCGCAAAGUGCAAGUGCAGUGCGAGAAAGAUACAGAGAGUACUUUAAUAGCCCUGAAGGGGUAGUUCCAUGGCAAAAUGACAUUGCACUAGGCAUAACAAAUCCAUUUGACAAAGCAGUUGGAUUUUAAACUUUAUUUAGCCAGCGUGGCCGGCUCUUUUAUAGGGCAGAUAAUUGAAAGAGAGCCUGCCCGGAAGCCCUAGUAAAAUUGAUGCUCUCGGCAGCCAGCUGCCGAGAAUUGUGAUUGGCUGAAUUUACGUUGACGACAGGUUGAUUGACAUGUUACGCUAAUUUAUUCAACAAUUUAAAAAUAAAUACAGUAAAACAAACGGCAUCGCUAUAUUAAAGUGUAAACCUGUCGGCUAAAAUAUAAAUUCAAAAGAGAAAGUGUAAAAUGUAUAACAUAUACCGGUAUCUAAACAGAAUAAGGCAAGCCAUACUGCUAUUACUGCAUAUGUCGUAUGAUUUUACCGUAUGGUCACUAUAGUAUAGAGUAUAAAACCUUGGCUGUCCUUGCCUUGUCUAUAUUUUGCUGGCUGGCAAAUUACGAUUAUAUAAAAUAAUAAUUCCCCAUUGUGUUUAAUACAGCAUAAUAAUCCGAAGCUCUCUUUGGAGCAUUUAAAAUACAUUUGCCUGCCAACGUGUAUAACACGAGAAGGGUUCUAUUUACUUUUCCUAAGUCAUUUAUUUAUAUUUAAUACUGCAAUAUUUAUAACUGUAUUUAUACAGCCAUACAGGUGCAAAGCAUAACAUAAUUUUGAACGGUCUUCGUCUACUAUUAAUUUCCAGACAAAGUCGAAGGGCCUUCGCUCGAAAUGCCGACGUUUUGCUUGUAUUUCCAGGCAGUUGAAUCGCUAUCCAUCUAUUGUAAAAAGUUUUAUAUUGAAAGCAUGUAGCGCAGGCUAUAGUAAAUAUGCAACAAUUGACAUUUCAAGUCAUCAAUUUAUACAAAACUAUUUCGAGUGGGCGGUGUUAAUAUGGAAUAUUAACUAAGUGGGCGGCAUCAAUUUGACUAGGGCUUUCGGGCAGGCUCUACUUAUAAAAGGCUAAACUUUAUUUAAAUAUUAUAUACAGUGUGUUGUAUAAAUAAUACAUCAUUCAAUUCCAGCAAUGCCCAUCUCCUCAGACAGUUGCACACUUAGCAUUUUGAUGUUCCAGGUGUGCAUAAACUGGAACUUCUGGAAUUGACCAAUGCAUAAUAAUUUAAUUUAUGAAUACAAAUAAUGAAAUUGUUCUCAUGUUAAAUAAUUUAAAAUAAUUAAUUAAUGAAUUAAUAAAUGUUUCAACUGUUCGACAUUGUGUAAUCACUGUAUUCGAAAUAUGUCCUUAUGUGUAAAAUUCACAUAAGGAUUUAUAAUACAUUGCAUAAAUUAUAUUUUUGUUUAUUAUACUUUUAUAUCAAAACAUGUAGUUACACUCAAAAUUUAAUUCUACUCUUCAGAAUCUGGAAAUUUCAGAGUAAAAAGCAGCUGCUGGAUUUGCACCUUUGCCUUCAUAUUUUCUUUAGUUCCCAAAGAUUUUAAAGUUGGGAUUAAGCUUUGACAAAACAAGGUAUCAGAAUCAGAUUCUGCAGAUUUGGCUUCUGGCAUUUCCUGUGUUGUUGGUUUGUCCAAGUCUUUUAGUGCUUUCAGUAGCAUUGUAUCAACUUGGUCACUGGCUUUCCUAGCUCUGCUCACCGGUCUUUUUUCAUGAGAACAUAUAACACCGUCCAAUGUUUUUCUUUUCUUGACAGAUGGUGUUUCUUCAUCUUUGAUUGUAACUACAGGUUGCUCUGGCAACAAAGAUGAAUCUGCUGUUGAUCCUAAACCAAGUUUCACAUUGCUAACUGUAUCUCGAUUUGCAAUUUUAUCCUGCAGAAAUGCUAAGUUUUCGAAAUACUUGCAUGUCGACGUUUUACAUGCAGCUGCGCCAGAUCUCAUUUCCCUGUUUCGCCUGUCAAGACAUCGUUUCAAAUUGUCUUUUAAAUACUUCCACUGAAGCUUCAGAAAAUCAACUAGAAAACAAAAAAUAUGAUAAUUAUUAAAGACAAGCAUCAGCAUGUGUUAGGGAGAAGGAAACCUUCUGGAAAACCUUUUCAGGCUGUGCAGGCUGAGUAAAUAUACUUAUUAUUAUUUAUAACUAAACACAACAUGUUUUUACUUUUUAAGAAUAUAGUGUUCACAAAAGGUAAAAACCUGAGCUGCAUAACAAAAACAGAAACACAACAAAAACAGUAAUAUCAGAUGGCAACAUUGAGUGUAUUGGGCCAUUUUGUGGAAAAUUUAAAUAAAAGACCCCCUCCCUUGUUGGAAAUCUAGACCCCUCAAUAGGGGGUGGCCUAUAUUACAUGGAAUGGCCCGUUCUAUCCGGGACUACAGAUGAAGGCACGGCUGUCACCAGGCCUAUUUUUGUAGGGGUUUAAUCACUAUUGACAGUAUAAAUAAUCAUAUACACAAACUAACCAUCUUUGCUAAAUUUUUGAGCAAUCUGUUCCCAUGCAAUUUUCUUUCUGUUUGCUUCUUUGUAAACCCUCAACGAGGUGUUCCACAAGCAAGGGCGACUUCUGACUUCCUCUAUCAAACCCUCGGCAGUGUAUUCCUCGAGAAAUGCUUCUUCUCCUGGUUCUCCAUCAUUAUCAACAUCUACUGCUUCUUCACCUGACACAGUAUCUUCUAUCACACUGACACCAACUGCAGUAUUAUAAAUACAAACAUAUAAAAUUAAAAUCAACAAACCUCUGAGUUGACUGUCUGAGUCGUGACGAGUUUUAAUACAUGCCAAAAAGUCAAAAACAUUAAAUAAUUACACCAAAUCAGUUCAUAUAGAGCUAAGCAUUUAUUAUUAGUCGAAUGUCAAACUUCAAAAGGGUCUUAAUAUACGGUAUAAAUUUUCACGACAUACCUUCACCUGACGAACUACUUGCAGAAACUUGUUGACUUGGUUCUGGUUGAUGUAUUAUGCUUCGGUUGACUUCGGGAAGAUUUUCAAGAGCACGGAAGUCUGUAGUAUAGAUAUUUCUUUGAUCUGUCCCUUUUUUUGGCUUAAUAGCAUGGUUUUACGUCCUUCUAUACCGCAUACAAUUCUUUUAGCAUUGUCAGACAUUUUUCUUUUCAAACCACAGCAAUGCAGGAAGGUGUCUUCAAGACGCAAUCUGAUUGGUUGAAAUAAUUUUCCGCCGCUCGCAAAACGGGAAAGUAGAACAAAGGUCAACUUCUUUUUUUUGUGCGCUUGAAGGAACUUGGAGGAAACUUUUCCGCCUGCUGACGCAUACAAAAUUACAAUAUGCGCAUGCGCAGAUCAAAAUCCGCCUAAAAAAUUCCGCCCGCGCGCAAAAUUCCACUGACUGGAAACCAGCCUUAAGAAAGAUUCCGCUCCGCGCGCAAAAUUCCGCCUAGUGGAAACCAGGCUUAAAGGCGGGACGAAUAAUCCGACGAACUAUCAGCAUUUAUUGUUUGUCUGGUUAUGCGUCCUCAGUAUAAAGACGGGCACAAGAGUACAAGACGCAUUAUGCGUCUAGACGAACUAUCAUCGGUUGUGCGUCUCUUAAGACGAAGAAUCGAACAUAGUUCGUCUGGACGCAUAAUGCGUCUUGUGCCCGCCGUCUUUAUACUGAGGACGCAUAACCAGACGAACAACAAAUGCUUGCCCAAUUUCGUCCAGACGCAUAAUGCGUCUCUAGUAUAAAAACGGCAAUUUAUUUACUAGAAUAAAGCUAGGAUCAAAUCAUAAGACAUACUGUAAAUGUACUAAUGUAGCUAUACUAUAUAUUAAUAUUUUUAAUGAUUUAAAAAUAUUAAACUUGUACAAAUUAAAUGAAUACUUAACAAGUUCAUUUAUGUUCCGAUAUUUUCAUCUGCAUAAUCUUCCAGAAAUUUUUACCAAUUAUUUUAUGACCAACAAAGAUAUCCAUAAUUAUAACACAAGAAAUGCAUCUUCGCUUCACAAAAAAUAUAAUAGAACAAAUUAUAAUAAACACACGCUCGUUAACAAAGGAAUUGAUGUGUGGAAUAAUCUUCCUUUCCAAUAUAAAGAAAUUAGAUCUUUUCCAAUAUUCAAAACGGCAAUGAAAAAGUAUUUUCUUCAUUCUUAAUUCAACAAAUAGAAUUCUCGACAGAAUUAAAUUGUUGUAAUAUAAUCUAAUAUCUAAUAUCACCUUACUUUAUCAAAAAAUAUUUGAACUGGUAAUCUAUUAUAAUAUUAAUUUAAUUUAAAAUUGUAACUAGGGACCUUAAUUAAAAAGCCUUAUGGUUUCUAGAAGGUUCCUAGCCCUAUUAUUGUAAAUACUUCUAUUUUUGAUUUAUAUUAUGUAAUUUGGGCGAAUUAGUAAAUAAAAUAAAUAUAUAAAUACUCAACACACUGAACACAGCAACGUUUUAUUGUUAAACCUGCCGAAUACUCCAAGUACACGGUGAAGACGUUAUCUUUUGAUGUGUUUUAUGUACUAUUUAAAAAACGAGCAGGAGUGUUUAUUAGGUUUAAAGCACGACCUAAUAAAACACGAUCUGCGAGUUUUUUAAAUGGCUUCAAAAACUCAUUAAUAAUUCAUGAGGAAAACACAGAAAAAUCAUAAGCGUGUCGUAUCUUUAUAUGUUGAUAAAGAUUUCCUUUCAUUUACAUAAACUUUAACUUUGAUUUUCUCAGCUAAUACAAAGUUAUUUUGGAAAAUUAUUUCGCCAAUGCAGUGAUCUAACUGAGACGUUUUUGAAGCUGUUUAAUAAACUCGUAGUUCGUGUUUUAUCACAUAUAAAACACUCCGCUACGCGUCGUGUUUUAUGUACUAUUUAAAAAACGAGCAGGAGUGUUUUAUUAGGUUUAAAGCCACGAGCGCGCAGCGCGAGUGGCUUUAGACCUAAUAAAACACGACACGCGAGUUUUUUAAAUGACUUCAAAAACGUAUGCAUAAUAAGUCAAAUCUUUAUAUAAAAAUCUUUAUAUAAAAAUCUUUAUAUAAAAAUCUUUAUAUAAAAACCUUUAUAUAGUUUGCAUAACAAUGGUCUUUUGUUAAAGUGUUCUUUAGCUGGUAUAAAGACGUAUGCACGUGACUAAUUUCUUACUCAAGAUUGGAUAAUUGGUUCAUGAAUUAUUAAUGAGUUUUUGAAGUUGUGAUAAAACACUCCUACUCGUUUAUUAAACAUUACUUCAAAAACGUUUGCAUAAUAAGUCAAAUCUUUAUAUAAAAAUCUUUAUAUAAAAAUCUUUAUGUAAAAAUCUUUAUAUAAAAAUCUUUAUAUAGUUUGCAUAACAAUGAUCUUUUGUUAAAGUGUUCUUUAGCUGGUAUAAAGCAGGCCCGUAGCUGGGGGGGGGCUGCUUUAUACCAGCUAUUCCACAUUUUUUGCCAUUUAAAAAAAUAGACAACUCGGCUGUCAAAUCCAAGCCAACAAAGACAACCGCAUAGCCUAAUUUCUUACUAUAUGCUGAGGUUAAUUUUAUAUUUUUGUAUUAAUUUAGACAAAAAUAUCCACAAAUAGUGCGUGAUUUCUAAUUUUGUUUUGUAUUUUUCUUUACCAUGGAUUAUAUCAAUGGUUGAGGAACCAAUCAAAAUUAUGAAUUUGUAAUAUUCCAUGAUUGUUGAAUGUAUACUAAACAAAGAUAGCAGGGCUGGGUCAAUAAAAUCAUAUGCAUUACAAUACCAUACACCUUUUGUAUGAAAAUUUUGUCAAUUUUUGUAUGAAAAUAGAUUGCUUGUGGACUAAAAUAAAUAACCUCAUUGUUAGAAGCUAGGCUAGAUAGCAGACGGCUGAACUAACCCUAUACAGAACUUUAAAGACUCACAAAAUUGAGCACAAGUAUAAUACUUUUACAGUGUAGAAGAACGUUCUGUUCGAUCCCAAUUUUUCUGAGCUGGAAAGGAAAACUAGCUGCUAGCACGAAAGUCAAAAUCAUCCCAACCCCUCUGUUACAUUCCUUCUGCAGUGCCCCCUCAGAAAUUGAGAGCCAGCUACGGGCUUGGUAUAAAGACAUAUGCAGUGACUAAUUUCUUACUCAAGAUUGGAUAAUUGCUUCAUGAAUUAUUAAUGAGUUUUUGAAUCGGUAAUAAACAGUUUUCCAGUUUGUUAUAUUUAUACUUCUCUACAAGUAUUAGAUAGUUGAGUUAAUUUAUGGACUUUUAUUAUCCCAGUAUCAAGGGUUAUAUGCUGGUUUCCUUUGUAUGUUGCUCACGAAUUAUUAAUGAGCUGACAAUACAUAUUACGUACUUCAGAGACGUGCGACCCUCUGGCAACCGACAUCACGGCAACGCUGCAGAAAAGAAAAUCACUUUGCGAGUCAAACAUACACUAUUCAGUAAACUUCACUGGUCUCUCGAAAAAGAGUAUUUAUUUUUUUACAACCUUUACUGCAUGUAAAUAGUUAGUAAGUUCACUUAAAACAUCCCUAACGUCAUUUAUGAGCCGUGAAAAUGAUGUAUGGGCGUACAUGUUCACUCGAUAUAAUAUGAUAGGAUGAACUGCUCACGCGUCUUUCUUUUGUGCCCAAUAAAGGUGAUAAAAUAAAAAAUAAAAUAAUUAUACAAAAAUAUGUAAUUGCUGUUAGUGCCAAAAUCAUAUAAUCGUAUACUUGUCAGUUUCUGUCGUUCUGAUAGUUUUUAUUGACACUACAUUUCCGAAUUAUUGUUAUUUAUAGUCUUAAGGUGCAGUGGCGGAAAUCUUGGCGGCCGCCACCUUCACGGAAAAUUGCCGAAUUUUCGGAAAUGUUGACCUAAAAGAGGGCUAAAAACAGUCUUUUCGAGUGCAAAUGGGGGGGUACGUCGGAAAUUUGAAAGUUUUGUCGGAAAUUUAGGAGGGUUUGCCCCCCCCCGGAAAAAGUGAAUUUCCGCCACUGUUAAGGUGGCUCUGUAGGGCUUUAUUCCCGGAGGUAACCGUACGUUCUUCGUAUAUAUGUAAACUAUCGCGUGUAUUAAACCUUUGAUUAAACUCGUGUGACCCCAAAAUACGAACGAACGUUGUGUUUUAUGUAAAUUCUUUUUUGAAACAAAUGUGUGAACUUUGCUUUUGUUAAAAGCAUAAAAAGAGUUCUAAAUCCACAACGAUGCCUGGACGUGAUGUUUCAGAACGGAAGACAAUGUAAAUUUGUUUUUUUUCAAGCGAUAUAUUUCUGGACGUUUUUGACCGCCGUAUGCGAGGGUCCCAUCGCGAACAUCGGGAUCGGAUAUAAAUUUUCCUCAAGUAUUUGCAGUGUUUUUUGUAUAAUCUAGCAGCACUUCUGAUAGUAAUUAAAGGUGACUUAAAUAAUGAGCCUUCUACGAGUGAAAUAAGCAGGGCAGAAACUCCACAAACAUACCUGUCACCAUAAAAAACUCUUUUUUUAAUUCUAUCAAAGGGAAAAUUUUUAAUAUUGAUUUUUCAAAUUGAAGGAAAAAAAUCAUUAUAUCAGACUGUAUUAUCUUUAAUGCAAAGUUUUAAAAUAAUUUACCGAAGGGAAUUUUAAAAUGGCCUAAAAAGACAAAUUUUGAGCUUUAUUCUAAGCAUACUGUUGCCAUGGUAACAGACUUUCAACACAAAAUUAGCAAUUUGCAAUGUUCAGGAGAGCAUUGUCAAUGUGUCCAAUAAAUUUCGUCUUCAUGUCAUGCAAAGUGAAGUAACAGGAGUCUCCUGGAUACUAUAGUGUAGUAUAAUGCAAACACCCUAUGGAGCCACCUUAAGUUAGUCCAGUUAUCGAGUUCUUUGUUUACAUCAGUCAUAUUACUGAAUAUAGCUAAUGCUUUAAUGGCUAAUGCAAAAAUCAUUUUGGUUCUCUCUCACUCUAUAGAUAGAUAGAUAAAUAACUUUAUUCAUCUCGGGUUGAUAAAGCUUGUUAGGCUUCUACUAGCAAAUACAUGUAAAUAUGACGUAUGUUGUAAUAGACCUUAUGCAUAAUGACGUCACAAGGCUUGAUGCCCGCGAGGUAAAUGUAUGCUGGUCUUAGUAGUCAUCGCCCGGGAAAAUUUCGUUAGUGGCCAUUAGUUGAAUUGUUUAAUUUUCCCGAGCGAUGACUACUAAGACCAGCAUUCCUCGCGGGCAUCAAGCCUUGUGACGUCAUUAUGCAUAAGGUCUAUUGACACAAUUGAUGCAUGACCGUUGAUGAUGAUGAUGAUGAUGAUAGCAAUAUGUAUCCAGGAUCGUCCAAUUCAGCCGUUGGGUUCAUGGUUUAAAUGGAGUCCUGCAUUCACAUAGAACAUACUAAAUUUACAGAAUGAAUUAGGCUAUUUAUGAACAACGUCAAGCUAUACUUAUGAAACAAUAUACAAACUAAAUGGUCCUGAAAUGUUUCUUUAGGACUGUCUUAGACUUUAGAGGACGUACACGCUUAAUUAAUUAAUUUCUUGGAAGAGAUGGAAGUUCAUUCCAUAUUUUAGCUCCGCUUUACUUGAACGAGCUUUGGAAAGUGACGGUCUUAGCUAAUUGUAAACGGAGUAAAUCUUUGUCCUUUGUGAUAUAUACGCAUGGUAAACGCUGGAAUAGUUGAAACCGUGAAGCAAAUGCACUGGUAGCACUAGUAAUCGAAUAGUAGAAGUACCGUGGCAUUAUGGAGCAUAAUACAGGCCUCGCGAGGACUAACUUUACGUGCUCUUCGUACUAUGCCGAAACGUGAUGAUAUUUCAUAUUUGACUGGUAAUAUAUUAAUCUAUGUGAUCGUUCCACGACAGACAUGCAUGUCUAGCUAGCAUCGCCGAGAUAUUCGAACUGAUAAACUCUGUUCAAACUAUACUCGUUGGCUACAAUUUAUACAGAAACUGCUCACUUUGGCAAGCUUUUCGUGCGUUCCUAGUUUUAGCAUAAUUGAGGAAAAGAAAGUUCUUUUCAAGCCAUCUUAUGUUAUUUAAGUCUAGGAAUGCUCGGAUAGGCAAGAUUCGAUCGUUGCUGUACAGGUACUGCUGAAAUAAUGUCAUCAGCAUAAAGUUGUAUUUCACGGUUGAUAGGUCAUUUGUAUAAACUGUCAGGGCCGUGCCAACCGGUUUCUGGUUGGGAGGGGGGGGGGGGGUUCCUUCCCCCCCCCCCCCCCCCCUCACACACACACACACACCAGGUGGCACGGCCCUGUAAACUGUAAAUAAUAGCGCCCUAUAGUAUAAAACCCUGUGGAACAUCGAACUGAAUGGGUUGGGGGUCAGAUAACACUCUGUUUACAUUGACACCCUGAGAUCUUUUUGUAAGGUAAGCAUUAAACCAAAUAACUGCUGAGUCAGCAAAACACAUUGGCGGUGUGAGCAUGAUAGUUAUGAUCGAUGAGUUGACAUGUUGAAUGAGGAGUUGUUUCGACGAUACCUUGCCUUAAAGCUCUAGGGAUAGUCUAACAACAUGUAGCAGGCGGUACCCCCAAAAUCCUAUGUAUUCUGAGCAGCGGCAGCUGAGUGACGGAGAAUUCUGAUUGGUCAGAUUAUUGAUUUUGAAUUUGUAAUUGAAUGGGAAAUUAAAUGUGUUGAUUUAGGAAAUUAUGUUAACUAAACAAGUAUUUAGGCAUGAGUGAAUAAAUAAUAAUUAUUGAGAAAGUAUUUUCUAUCUCCGUAAUUCGCCUAUAAAUGUAGGCGUAUUUUGCCUGCAUUACUAACAUACUAGUGUGUAAAUUAAAUACACACAUUUUGAAUAGACACCUAUAGUCAAAUUUGUGCAGGCCUAGGUCUGUAUAAUAACACCAGCGACUAAACGCCCAAUAGAGAACCUUGUUGUAUUUACAUUGACAAUAUUUAACUGUUAUUUUGGGGGUUUUUUUCAAGAUAAGUUAAAAACAAAGUCAUUUUCAUCGCAAAUACGCGACAUUGAAAAAAAUUGCCUCUUAAUAUUAAUAUCAUUUUAGUCAACAUACCUUGAUUGGUUAAAAACUGUGCUGAUUAAACAUUAAACGCACAGGCGUGCCCAUUAAAGAAUAAUCAGCCCGAAUGCUAGCCCGCGUGCAUUUCGCACGCUCAUGUAAGUGCAGAAAUUUUAAAUACAAAUUUCAAACCUCUUACUCUGAUCGUCUAUGUUCCCAUUUGCUGUGAAAUGGCAGUAUAGUAACAACAAUGGCAUGCAUGAGCACGCAGAUAUACAAGAAAUAAUAUUGUAGCUUAUGUCAUUAAAAUAUGUCAUUUUGUAAAUAGUCAACUGAUAGACACUUUUGCAUAUAUGUGUAAUUUAUAGACGUACACGACGGCAAUGUCCGCAGAAGAUGGCUGAUCAUACAGAAAAUUACAACAAUCUUAUGAAUGUUGGAGAAAAGCGACUGAACACUGAACAAAAACCUAUGAAAAACUUACACAAUAACAUGGAGAAAGCAGCAGCAUUUCACCAAAUGAAAGAAUUUAAAGAUACGAUUGGUGUCGGUUCGACCGAACAAUGUUUGCGUCCUCAGAAUUCUUCUUCGAUACAUUUGGAAGACAACGAGAAAGGUCAUAAAAAAUUUAAAAUAAAUCAAGAUAAUUGCAUUGCGCAACCUGCAAAACAUUCAAAACAUCUCAGUAAUCGGCAUUCAGAGAAUUUUAAUGUAGAAAAGGGCAUGCGCAAUUUAAAAAGGCCCUUGGAUAGUCCUGCGCAAUCGACAGAUGUUCCCAACGAAGCUACUGCAUUUGUCGUUCAAAAUGAAUCAGAGAAUGGCAACAUGCCCGUUAUUCUUAAUGUUUUUACAUUGUCUCAAGAUCCUACCUCCUACACUAAGCAAAAAACAAUAAAUAGAUUACGCGAAAAUGAGUUUCCUGUUACACCUCCUUGUUCUCCUCCUUUAAAACCUGUACAAUUCAUUGGAACUCGAAAUACCAAUUCUUGUAGUGAAAUUAAAACAGCAUUUACUUCCAUUUGUUCCACUCACCCGUUUUUAAACGAGUUUGCGAUAGAGUCAAAAUCGAGUUAUAUUUAUAGUCCAGUAAGGCAUCACCAAGAAAAUAUUAACAAUGGAGGUCUUCCUGUAUUACCUGAUGCAACAAAUGAAUUUAUGGACCAAAGAAAUUAUACUGCUGAAAAUCAAACAACAAGUUACAACGUCAAUUGUGCAGACCAGGCCAAGGAAAAUAGUAAUAAUGUGAUUCAUUCAAGCAACAGAUCAGUGCCGAUGGGGCGUUUUACACGACAAGAACACAGUCCGUCCUAUAGUGGCACUCAAACUAAUUAUGGAAGUAAGAAUUGUGCUAUUAAUGGCAGCCAUGUUUUCUUAUCUCCACGAGAUGUGAAGGUUCUCGAGUUGAAAAGGAGAUUACAAGAGCAAGAAGCAGCGUUAAAGAAACUACGGGCAAAACAUUGAUUAAAAGAGAGCUGGACAUUUGAAAAUUUCACUCGCUUUCGUUUGAAAUUUCACAAGAUGCAAACUGUGUUUCAACGAACAUAUUCAUCCUGAGUUUCUACUUGAAUAUUCAGGUUGGACUUCUGCAACAAUUUUUUUAAUGAUUUGUUUUGAUGAUUUGUUAUUGCCCUUCACUAUAUAGAUAAAGUAACAUGACUUCGUGGCAUUAAUUAAAUGACUGUACACAUUUGCGUUACUUGAGUGCGUAACAGUUAACUUUUAAAAGAGAAUUAGUUUACUUUUAACAGAUAAUUUAUUUAUUUU